GUUCAGCACCGUGGACAGCUCCCACCCCAGCGCCCUGUCACCGACCACUGCUCCUGUUGUGUUUUUUUCUUUCUUUCUUUCUUUCUUACCAAAACCUCAAAGUGUUGCUGCAGUCAGACGAGAUGAGUGCGCGUAAACUCUGGACAUUUGGAAACUAAACCAGGCUCUCAUCUCAACAACAACAACAACAAGACGCGGCCAGAGCGAUGUUACUGCUGCUACCGCUAAAAUAAUGGCUUCUAUCCCCAUCAAACAACCACUGAUUUAAGCUUGGGACUCUUUCAACUACCUCCUUUCAUUAUCCACACAAUCAAAGCACAAGCCGACCCGGAAGACCCCCUCCCUCCCCCCAAAAAAAAGGCCACCGAACUCCGGGGACAUGCCUUUGCCGAGACGCCGUGUGCCGGGGGUGACCUUUGCCCCCCUCCGUGCUUGGAUGUCCUGCUUUAGUCUGUUAUGUUUAAGUUUAUCGGUGUUUCCCUAUGAGGCCAGCGGUUUACCAGCGGUCGGGUACAACUUGGACACGAAGAAGGAGAUAACUCUAGAUGGGGAUCUGAUGAUUGGCGGUUUGUUCCCCGUGCACCAGAAAGGCGAAGGAGCGGAGGAUUGUGGGAAAAUUAAUGCCCAAAGAGGCAUACAGAGACUGGAAGCGAUGUUGUUAGCGCUGGAUGAGAUUAAUAAAGAUGAAAGGAUCCUGCCGGGGAUGAGGCUGGGGGCGCACAUUUUGGACACUUGUUCCAAAGAUACUUACGCGCUAGAGCAGAGUCUGGAGUUUGUGAGGGCGUCCCUGACCAAAGUGGACGACAGCGAGUACACCUGUCCCGACGGAUCGUACGCCAUUCACGACGACGUACCGCUCGCCAUCUCAGGGGUCAUCGGGGGGUCGUACAGCGAUGUGUCCAUACAGGUGGCCAAUCUCCUACGUCUCUUCCAGAUCCCUCAGAUCAGCUACGCCUCAACCAGCGCCAAACUCAGCGACAAAACCCGAUAUGAUUACUUCGCCCGCACCGUCCCGCCCGACUUCUACCAGGCUAAAGCUAUCGCCGAAAUCCUACGCUACUUCAACUGGACCUACGUCUCCACUGUCGCCUCUGAGGGGGACUACGGCGAAACCGGAAUCGACGCUUUCCAACAAGAGGCUCGGGCGAGACAGAUCUGUAUCGCAACCUCCGCCAAAGUCAGCCGCUCGAUGAGUAGAUGGAGCUACGAAAACGUAAUCCGAUCGUUGCAGCAAAAAUCCAACGCCAAAGUGGUUAUCUUGUUCACACGAAGCGAAGACGCCAGGGAGUUGCUAGUCGCGGCUAACCGGAUGAACGUGACUUUUACGUGGGUGGCUAGCGACGGCUGGGGGGCGCAAGAGAGCGUGGUGAGAGGUAGCGAAGCGGUAGCGGAUGGGGCGUUCACGAUAGAGCUAGCUUCCUACGAAAUCCCGCAGUUUAACAAUUAUUUCACAAACCUGCAUCCGUACAACAACACGAGGAAUCCGUGGUUCAGGGAGUUUUGGGAGAACCAGUUCCAGUGCAGCCUCCAUGAUUUGGGAUGUGGGAAGCAUUCGCUCAGAGAUGUGCCGUUUCAGCCGGAGUCAAAGAUCAUGUUUGUGGUGAACGCGGUCUACUCCAUGGCCCACGCGUUACAUCACAUGAGACAGGCCUUGUGUCCAAACUCCACCAAAGUCUGUGACGCUCUAAAACCAGGCAACGGCAGGAAGUUCUACAGAGACUACAUCCUCAAGGUCAAGUUUGAAGCUCCGUUCCAUCCCCCUGACCGUCAAAAUGUUGUCCGCUUCGACGCCUUCGGAGACAGCAUCGGCCGCUACAAUAUCUUCCACUACCACAAGGAAGACGGACGUUACGUUUACCAAAAAGUCGGCUACUGGGCUCAAGGUUUGGUCCUCAACACUAGCCGAAUCCCAUGGCCGUCCCAAGUCGCCCCCACCUCCCAGUGUAGCGACCCCUGCAGGAAGAACGAAGUAAAGAACAUGCAACCUGGAGAUGUGUGCUGUUGGAUUUGCAUACCCUGUCAACCGUACCAAUAUCUACAAGAUGAGUUCACGUGUGCGGACUGUAGUUUUGGACAAUGGCCUCUUGCUAAUUUAACCGGUUGCUACGACUUACCGGAGGAGUAUAUUCGCUGGGAAGACGCUUGGGCAAUCGGACCGGUAACCAUUUCGUGUCUUGGAAUGAUGUGUACCUUAUUUGUGAUUGGGAUUUUCCUCAAGCACAACGAAACGCCUGUCGUCAAAGCUAGCGGGCGCGAACUUUGCUAUAUCCUCUUGCUAGGAGUGCUAAUGUGCUACUGCAUGACUUUUAUAUACAUCGCUAAGCCCUCCACUGCGGUUUGCACGCUACGGCGGCUAGGUUUGGGAACGUCGUUUGCGGUAUGCUACUCUGCGUUGCUAACCAAGACCAACCGCAUCGCCAGAAUAUUCAGCGGAGUGAAAGAUGGAGCGCAAAGACCUCGGUUUAUAAGUCCUGCGUCGCAAGUGGCUAUAUGCGGAGCGCUAAUAUCUUGCCAGCUGGUCGUGGUGGUGGUUUGGAUGCUAGUUGAAGCUCCAGGAGUGAGGAAAGAAGUUAGCCCGGAGAAAAGGGACAUAGUAACGCUAAAGUGUAACAGCAGAGACACUAGCAUGCUGAUAUCGCUGACGUACAACUGCAUCUUGAUUAUCCUGUGCACCUUCUACGCGUUCAAAACCAGGAAGUGUCCCGAAAACUUCAACGAGGCAAAGUUCAUCGGGUUCACCAUGUACACCACCUGCAUCAUCUGGCUCGCCUUCCAGCCCAUCUUCUACGUCACCGCCAGUGAUUACAGGGUGCAGACCACCACCAUGUGUAUCUCGGUGAGUCUGAGUGGCUCGGUGGUCCUGGGCUGUCUGUUUGCUCCAAAGGUUCACAUCAUCCUGUUCCAGCCUCAGAAGAACGUGUGCACUCUGCGGACCGCCACCACACGCUUCAGCGUCACCACCGGACAGGGCUCCAGCUUCUCUCAGGCGUCAGCCUCAAACGUGGUUCCCACAGUGUGUAACGGCCGUGAGGUGGUGGACUCUACAACCUCGUCCCUGUGAAGAGGAGCCUGGUCUCUCAAAUACAUCAGUCACUAUGGUCCUGUGUCUCUACUGUCAGGUUCAGGAGACUUACACACUAAAUACACACUGUUACAUUCCUCACUAUGGAGUUGUUAAGGAUGAUGUCAAAUAUUUACUCCCUGGUUCAUUAUAAUUCCAGUCUUAUUAUAAUAAUGGGAGUUUGGCUGAUUUUAAACCUAUGCCAUGGAUUUGUACAAAGUAUUUUAAAACAUUUGAUUGCACGAAAUAACUAUAAAAGUUUGAAAACAUGAAGGGUUAUUUUUACAAGCCUAUAAUUUGACGAGAAAAAAAAAAAACUUGUCAAUGUUUUUAUAAGGAAGAAGACAAUUGGUCCACUCUUGAGUUGUUUGGUCUGUGCUGGUCCUAGUGGGUCAAGUAUCCACGGGUGAAACAAAUGAAUAAAAAGUAGAAAGUUGUCUAAAAAUCAUUAAUAUGAAAUACAUACAUGAAAUAAAAGCGCACAAACAUAACAAGAGCAUCUGAGAAGGAAGUUGUAAAAAAAAUGGGUUUAUAAAGCAGGUAAAAUGCAUUUGGUUUGGAGCAGCAAACAAGAAGCUAACAAAAUAGAAACACUGCCAAACAUAUUAUAGUCAGUUCCGCUGCUCUAAACUAUAUGCUCUUUUUUAUGCAGAAAGGCAGACUUUUGACUUAUAUAUUAACAGGAUCAAACAUAGAGCUCAUUAAACAUAUACUUUAGGAAACAAAUUGACAUAGCAGCUGAUUUAUAAUGUGAAAUGAGCGUAAUUUGAAACACAAACCCCAGACCAGACUCCUUUGGAAGAUAGUACCUCCAGUGGUACGCGUUGGACCCAUCCCGGCGCUAUGGAAACGAGCCUAAAUAUUUCACAUUUAACAGUGCCAACAUAAAGCUUUUGUAGAAGAGUCAAAAAGUAAAGACAACCUUGGAAAAAAAGAACCUUGAGACUUACUGAAAUAAAGUAAAUAUGACACUUCAGGAGGCGUAAAGUAAAAUAGUCCUCGGAAGUAAACUACAAACUCCCCACAGAAAGCUUCUACCUGGUCCAGGCAUUGAACCCAUGUCCUUGUCACUCCAAAGCAAAGGUCUUAACCACUGUGCCAUUCAAUAAAUCUCAACUAAGCCCAGUAACAUAUUUACCGUAGGAGCCAUAAUAAACAGGACCCAUGAUGACUUGACAUGACUUAAUAACUCCAUAGCCUUACACCAGGUGUGGGCAGACUAGCUGACCUCUUCAGUUACACAGACACAUCUCUAUACUACUCUUCUGUAUGGGUGUAUAUUCUGAGGGCACAGGUUUUGGUCCAUGUCUCAGUGCUGUGAGUUCAAAUGUCCCGAUGAUUUCAGUUUGUUUUCGACUAGUAGCGACGCAAAACGCCAAUACAGUUUAAUAUAGCCCUCGUUUUUAUCAAUGAACUUCUACUACUGCCAACAUGGAGUAAAUGAUAGUACAUCUGUUCAGUGUAUUAUAUAUAUAGAGGAGACAUUUUUAUUAUAGAUUUUGGUGAACCGGUUUGUGCGUUCUUGUAAUUUAUGUAAAUAAAAUGUGUUUUUUAUUAAUACUAUAC